AUGAUAAAUGCAAAAAGAAAACUGCCUAAAAUUUGUCAAGACCAUAGAGACAUUGCCCAUCGUCAAGACUAUCGAGACAAAAAGACUACAAGUGUUGAAGUACCAAAUGAUAAUCACUCAGUGGAAAGCCACACAAAUGGUUUGAGUCAUGGCUUACACAAGAUUCCCAUUAUAAAAAAUCUCUGUACUACACAAGACAAUCACAUUAAAGUCCCCCUUGCAGUUCCCCCAGGCUCUGGGUUUGUCCAAUACAGACUCUCACAGAGAUCGAUGGAUUAUCAACGCCACGAGGUUAGUAAAUUGACAAUGUAAAUGCAACUUUCACGGAAAUGCUGCUAAAGGUGUAUCGUAAUGCAAGUUAUUUAUUUAUUUUUUAUUAUUAUUCUCUAUUCUUUGAAGCAAAGAAGCAAUGGAUUAGCAAAGGCCCCUGAAAAACAAAAUGUUCACCCUUGUAAGUACAUGAUCACANGUUAGUUGAAGUUUGGAAUUGUUAGUGCACAAGACCCAUAUUAUUAUGGCUCUUGUAGUGCAUUAAGAACCAAUUGAGACUGACAACUAUCAACAAACUGAAGCAGACUCAAAUACGAAAAAUCGCUAAGAUUAGACAAAACUCUGGGACAUUUCAAAGACGUAUGCGGGCCAUUACAAGAACAUUUGAUAAUUACAGUGUUUAAUGCGGUAAUGAUAGCCUUAAGGACCUGUUUAGAAGAGUCCAGGAAAAUUUUUGAACGGACAAAAUCUUGUACGGAAUUGCCUUUCGUUUACGUACGCGGGACUCGCGGAACCGUGUAAAUGUUCGAACUGCAAACAGUUCCAAUCUGUAACAGAGUUUGCACAGUUCCGUGUAAACGGGUUGCACAGGUAAAAAAUUCGUCCGGACCCGUGUAAACGGGGUCUCAGAGUCAAUCAUCCAGUAAUUGCAGCUAAUUUUCCGCAGAUACUAGUCUUUCUAUGGGUACCUGCGGAAAUCGUUUCCGUCGCGCGUUUUCAAUCAAAUCGUCAGAUAUGAAGAAUUGUUUUGCGUGGUUAAUCAGGCUACUAGCGAGUUCGAGCAACCGCUAUGACGAAGACGACAACAACGGAAAGGAAAACGAGAACAAUUUAGAUAGGGACCAGUUAAAUAAAGCAAAAAAAAAGCAACUCUGAACUAGCAACACACUUUUCGGAAGAUUUCUUUGUCGCCAUCGCACAACUCAAGUGGUCAAGAGUGAUCAGAACGGCAUAUUAGGGUUUGGGGCCUGAACUGGACCUUAGAUUGUCGUUUAAUCAGUAGCGAUGGUCUCGACCUUGAUUUCAUCGGAAAUACCCAUACAGAGCCCCAUAUUAAAGCGCUAUAGCAACUUCUACACUACCUCUCCAAACUUAUUUGCCACUACAUAUUCUAUACAAAACUAAUUAGCCACAGACUUCAAAGAAAAUCCUUGAUUCUUUGAGCGGGUGUUUACGGUAACUGACAUUUAGAAAAAAAAGUACCAAACUGUAAUUACCAACCGUUGAGUAGCACUAGUGAUGCUAUGAAAACUUUCCCUGGUAUUCUUAAUAUCUGUAAGCCCAGCAAUUGAUAAAGGGACGUCAAACUCGCCAACAGUAAUUUUUUUACGUAGUCAACUUUUGAGCAGACAGAUGUUGUAUUUUUUCCUUACAGGUUGUCCAGAUAUUAAGGAUCUUCAAGAAAAAUGCAUCCCCGUAAGUCUGCACUGUCACAGUUUUUCUGAGCCUUGUUCAAGAAGUUACUCCAAGAGAAUGCCAAGGUAUACUGUUACCAAGAACUCGAAAUGGUUCCCGGAAAGCAAACCUCAAUGUGUGCACAGGCAGCCACACUUGGAUGGGCGAUGGUCAUUGAAUUGGCUGCAAGGUAACAAAAAUGUUCAGAAUAAUUCAGAAGAAUAUUGUUCCGGACGUAAUUCAGAUAUAUACGAUCAAAGUCUCGUUUCACAACCAAGGAACUUUUCGAACGAGGAGUUAACCAUACAUGUUACCGUUAACAAUCAAAGACGACAAAACGAUAGUGGUUUUAUGUCGCCAAGCCAUGGCUAUAGAAAAUUCAGCCCUCCAGCGAAGUGUCUUUGUCCAGGGUGCCCAUCAUACCUUUGUACCCAAGAAAUAGAACAAAUUAAUUCCUCCUGCAAUAAAAAGCGCCCAGAAAAAGGAGACAUUCCAAAGAGUUCUUCAGUGGUGCACAUUCCAAGUGUCUUUCAAAAAACGGAUGCCGCGCAAGAUGGGCAAAAUAAUGUUGCCUCCAAACAACUGUCUAACAGUCAAAGCGCUACUUUAAAAAUCAGAGAUUAUUAUGAAGAGCAGGGAACUCGAGUUGAACAAAUCUUUCGCAAAAAUCUGAGUGCGAGAGAAGAGACUCAGGCCAAGCAUUCACAUCUUUCAUAUGCCCGUAAAAUAGAUGGUUUUGAUGAAAACUACCAUCGGCGACAUCUUGCAAGCGCUGUAUUCCAAGAUCCUGUUUUAGAGGAUGUUCCUUUUCGUGAAGGAGAACGUCGACAGGACUUUGUUGCUGGAAGUAAAAAACGAAAAAACCGCCAACGUAGCCCCCAGAAAGUGAGAGAAAAAGAUCCUGCACAACUUAAAGGAAGUGGAAAGGAACGUGCCCAUUAUCAAUAUAUUCAACCUGAGAAACUUUGUGCAAGUCGAAGCUUUCCGCAAGCAAACCCAUUGAGUUUUCAUGACCCAUCGAUUACUUCUGAAUUAAGAGAUCCGAAGGUUCGUGUUACAACCUCUCCUUGUGAAGACGUCUCUUCCGGAGUCCCUGCUCAUCUUGGAUGGAUGAGAAAGUAUGACGACAGCUUCAUCAAAGAAACACCUCGGACUGAAUCACAGGUUUGCAGAAAUGAUAUUCCUCCAGAUACACGGCCACCGUGUCACCCCUUACCUAAAGCUAGAAAAACUACCGAGGAGAUAACUGCGCCAAUGUUUGUUACUCAACAAGUUCAGAGUCUUGCUGGGUCAUCGUUUGGAGAGUUUUCCAGCGAGUACUCUCUUUCAAACCAAUUUUCAUUCGACCAUGAAAAGAGUGCAUUUCACCAGUCCGAAACUCCAGACCUGAAGCUGGGAAUCACCUACGGAAAUUUAACCAAGCGUCCAGGUUACUUAAAGGCAGAAUGGAAGUUAGACCCACAAUACUGGUACGCUCCUACAAGCUUGGAAUUUUCAAAAAUACAGUUUGAAACUUUGGACAAACAAAGAGCAAGUCUUGAAACUGUCCAUAAAGUCGGUCCAUUUCCAAUGCAAGUCGCAUUUGGCCCAUCCCAACUGAACAUAGACAGAGGAGGCUGUAAAAUGGAUCCAUGCGAUGACCAGGACAUGCCCUAUAAUCUUGAGCGUCGUGCUGUGCCAUCAAAAGAGGGACCUCUAAAAGAAGACAUGCACUGUGCUGCAUCAUCAUUGUCCAGUGACCAGGGUAGUGUUACCAGCACAACUCUUGACCAUGAGGAUGGAUUGCAGAAAACACAAGUCAGUGAGCAGCCACAUCCGACAGCUGACGCCAAUACCCUCAACUACGGCAAGAACCUAAAGAAACACACUGAAGAGAAACUUGUCACUUUUCCAGAAAGCCACAGCCCUUUCUUCAACGGGCGAGAAAUUUAUGGCAACUUCAUGUCACCUAGCAUGAAAGAAAGAAGGUUCGUUUGCCGCUUCUGCUGCAAGAAAUUUGCCCACUUUUCUACACUCCAAAAUCAUGUCCGGACGCAUACAGGUGACAAACCAUUUCAGUGUAAGUUUUGCAGUCGUCGAUUUGCUCAGUCGGGAGUCCUAAAGGCACACUUGCGCACGCACACUGGCGAAAAACCGUAUCUCUGCAUGUACUGUGGCAAAAUGUUUGCUCAAAGCACGACGCUGACAAAUCAUCUUAGAACUCACACUGGCCAAAAGCCAUACAUUUGCCAUUGCUGUGGCAAGUGUUUUUCCCAGCCGUCGACCUUAAGAAAGCACGAACUUUCUCACACCAAAGAACGCCCAUAUUCAUGCAAGUUUUGUGGAAAAGCGUUUGCCCAACAGUCCACGCUUACUAAUCACGUGCGCUCUCACACUGGCCAGCGGCCCUAUAAGUGUCACUUCUGCGAGAAGAGCUUUGCCCAGUUGAGUACGCUUCAUAGGCAUCUACGCCUCCAUUCCAGUGGAGGAAGCGGAGACUCAAGUCUUAUCAGUGCCAGUUCUGCAGCAAGAGUUUCAGCUACUUCUCUAAUCUAG